AUGGCGCAGUCUAUCCCCCAAACCCUCAAGCUUGACUUGUCUCAAUAUCCCAAAUUGUCACCCGCUCAAUUAGGCCACCUCCGCCAUUUCUGCAACCUCGCGUUCCAGCCAGAUGGAGAAUGGGCCAAAAUGGGCUCUCAAGAACCCCUUCAAGAGUUCUUGGAUGCCUACCGCUACCAACUAGCCACAAUGGCCUACGCGGUCGGUGUUGCUCACUAUCACCGUCUGCCGGCUCUUCGCUCGAUAUUCAAACCACUUCUCCGCCAGCUGAUCCAUAAAAUGCUGCGCAAGGAGGUCUGGGCCUACUGGUUCAAUACUAGUCUAGGUGGUGUGCGCACCGACCCGAGUCUGCAGAAGCUCAGGGAACCGUGGGCCGAUCCUGUCGUGAGAGAAAACAUCAUGUAUAGCGGUCAUCUUCUGUUGAUGACUAGUCUCUACGCCAUGCUCUUCGACGACGACGAAUUCGAGAAACCCGAAUCCCUUGUUUUCAAAUGGGACCCUAUGUUUUAUGGUCUCGGCGACGAGACUUUCUCCUACGAUAACCGCAGCCUCCAGGCAGCCAUCGUCCGGGAGAUGGAGAGGAAUGGAUGGGUGGGCGUCUGUUGUGAGCCAAACGUGGUUUUUGUCGUCUGCAACCAAUUUCCAGUACAGCCACUCCCCUCCAUUAUGUUAUCUUCGCUGACUGUGGCACAGAUCAUAGCAAUGAAAUACAAUGAUUCCCGCGAUGAUACUACCCAGGUCGAGGAGCUUCUGACGAAAUACAAGGCCGCCUGGGACAAAAAGGGCAUGGUCUCUUCCAAUGGUCUCUUUGUUGAUUUUUGGAUGGUCAAACAGGACAUGAUCGCCCCUCCUAGAGAUGUAGGAUGGACCGCAUGGGCGGGCGCUUUUAUGAAUUCCUGGAAUCACGAACUCGUAGAGAGCCUCUACCCCAAACAGUUCCCUGGCUUUAUCACGAACAUUUCCAGCCGUGUCCGUCUGCAACCGCCCAUCGUGGCCACCCACUACCGCCAACUAUCGGCAGCAGCCUCGUCCACCAGAUCGGAACAAGAAACACUCCAGGAAGCCAUCCGUCUCGCUAAAACCGAUCUCUCAAGAAAUCCCAAGCCGCCUUUUCCCUACACCAAACCCUGCUUCGGAUAUGUUGUCCAAUGGCUCUCCGAGCUCGGCCAAACAGAGCUUCUCAACGGCCUUCUUGCAUAUGCAGACGAGUCUCUAAAUCCCACGUGGGAGAACGGGGGCCUGUUCUACCCCCGCAACGACACGCCGUUCGUCUUCACUGAGGACGACCAAGAUGGCGAGGGCGUCCAAUGGACACACAUAUCUCCAUUUUGCGGCAACGCUGCGAUCGGGUACGCACGACUCAAUGUCAAAGACGGACAGCGCAUCAUGUACGAAAAGCCUUGGACAAGAGAAUCUCUGGCCCAGACGCCGUGGAUUGACAACCUCGAAUUCGCAGGUAAGGAACACGGGGUUGGCGUCCUCCGUGGUGUGUGGGACAAAGAUGCCCAUGCGCUGAUCCUCACCGUGAAAGGGUGGGAUAUCGAGGGGCGAGCACGUCCUGAGGCAGUAAACAUUGAGCCCGUCGCUCGGAAUUUAUCCCCGGGGCAUUGGGCCGUCUAUGUCGAUGGGAAGUUGCGGACAAGUAGAGACUUGCAAGGCCAGAUUGGAGAUGAGCUCAGGGUGCCACUUGAGGUCAAGAGGGGACAGGAGGUUGACGUGGUUUUCCAGCAGCUCGACGCGGGGAUCACGAACAACGGUCAAGCCAAUGGCCAUGUCUGA